AUGUCUAGAAGACCCGCACCUUCGAGUAGCAGCGCGCUGCCCCCUCAAAACCGCCAGAACGAGUACUUCGUCCCGAGAGAUGGUAUUGACCGUGAGGUAAUCACGGCCGACAUAUGCCGUUAUCUUGGAAACGAUGCACUCGUUCGCCCCGGCACAUAUGAGAACCCUGGAACCGGCCAGAUCAUACAAGGCUACUACAUAAAUGCCUAUCGUAAUUUGACUACAGCUAUGAUCGAAGAUUUGAAAGCAGAUUCCGCGCGAUGGGAUCAAGAAAGGCGGCAGCAAUCGGCGAGCCGUAAUAACGCUGCCGGAGGUACUAUUGCCUCGAGAGACUCGAACGGCGUAUAUGUCAGACUCUCUAACUCCCCUAUAGUCCAAUACCGCAAUUCGGACACGCAUCAAUCCCGACAGUACUACGGGCCAACCGAGGGUGGAUUCGCGUCCUCAGACCCAAGCCGGGAUCCGUACGGUGACGCUACUCCCAGAUAUCCAGGAACAGGUUCCGCAGGUUAUACGGGAGCCGCUGGCUCUUACGCUUCCCAACAGUAUCCUCAGGGUGGGUAUAGCACUCAACAAGGGUACACUACCCAGGCGUCGCAAUUCCAGAACCCAGGUGCAAGUGUGACUUAUCCCAUGUCCGCAUCAGGAUUUGGCCAGGCCGGCCAGGAACCCCCUUUCCAGCUGGUUGGAGCAGACUCGAGAGUGGCAUCCAACCCUCAGUCCAUGUAUAAUGACCCGUACUCAGGGUCAAGAGACCCCAGGGAUCAGAGGACACCGUUCACCACAAUGCCGCCCAGUAGGAGUACUUACGCAACCUCAGGGACACCCGCUCCGCAAGGCUACCCAUCCUCGGGUCCUGGCGGCAGCUAUUAUCCUUCGAACCCAUCGCCCUCCAACGCUGCCUACCCCGCAACUGCCCACCCUGGAGAUCCGUUCCUUGGACGCGCUCCUGCGGGCACAUCGUACGGUUCAGCACAAGAUCCACAGUAUGAAAACACCCCUGCCCCCUCUCGCAGUUCAGCAGCAGCCAGCAGUACUCAACUACCAACUAGUGGACCAUCGUCGCGACAUGCCAGGGAUAGCGUCGACCGCCAUACCGGAUCUAACCGUCGCUCAAAUCGAUCAUAAAAAAUUAUUUUAUACCACCGCUGGAGUGUGUGCGGCGGACUUCCGUCCUGCCUGUUGAUACUUCAUGAAUUAAUUGUUUCAUUGCCGAGAUUCCCAGGAUUUGGAGUCCCAAACGCCGCAUCAUGGUCUUUUCCGGAAUUUUGCCAUGCAAAAAAACAAAAGGGAUAGACCGGGAUUUGAAUUUUGCAGACCCUUUGUGUGUCAUGCGCAGUUGCAAGUUUGCGACUUGCUGAAUAAUGUGUUACCCCCCGAACCUCACCGUGAGAGAGACCUCUGGACCAACCAUCAUUCUAUUACCUUAAGGACGGCUUUUUUCCUUACGAUUACUUCCGCACAUGAAUCAUCUCUUUCUUGGGCCCAGAAUGGAUACGGCGUACUAUGAUCGGGGAACUUCGUUACGACUUUUGCAUAUGGGUGGGCCUCUAUUGACUGACUGACGACGACCAUUGUUUCUGCUAUGCCUCUGUACGGAGUUGGCUUAUGCCACACAUUUUAUACCAGGCUUUAGGCCGGCGGGGAAAAGAAGUUCUCUUUUUUUAUUAUCUACUUUGGUUAGUAUUUUUAUCUGCGGAUCAUCUCCUGCCAACUUGCUGUCCGGGUCCAGC